AUAGUCUAACAAAUAAAAAAUCACCACUUCUGUCAUAUUCCUACCAGUACGGCGAUGCAACGCAAGCAACCCGGCGACGUUGCCUCCUCCUCCCAGCGCCCUGAGCCUGAGUGGAACUAGUUGCUGGUUCAGAGCCGAUGGGCUGCCGGAGGACGAGGAUGGAGAAACACGAGGACGCAUAGGCAUCGACAAAAACAUCUACUUACGCGGUUUUUUCACCAAUGUCCCGACCCUGAACGGCCACAACACACGACUGAGAUGUUUCACGCCGCAGAGCCAAACACGAAAUUGCCUUCCACCGUCAAGAGAUAGCCAGUCUACAGAAUGGAGGCCCAGGACGAAUGACACAGUCUCUUCCCCCGCGGGUGACGCGCCGACAUUUGGAGAAAAUGCACUUUACCGGUGGAUACGCUUUUGUGGCCCUGGUGUCCCUUAUCGCCCCUCGCACUGCCGGGGCCUUAUCAGUGAACCGCACGGCGAACGGCAGCGCGACAGACGGCGGAUUUGUCCCAGUCGUGUUCACAAAAGUAAGCCAGAUAAUUGUCCGGGAGGGGAGCUGCGCACUGAUUGAUUGCAAUGUCACCGGAGACCCGUUCCCCAGCGUUCAGUGGUUCAACUCUCACGGAGACCGCCUGGACACCAGUGGUGAGACAGGUGGUGGGAAGUGGUGGCUGCUGGACGGCGGCUCCCUCAACAUCACCAGCAUCGAGUUCGCGGACCGCGGCAAGUACACCUGCAUGGCGUCCAACGUCCACGGCACCGCCAACUGCACGGUGACCCUGCGCGUGGUCUUCACCAAAGGGGACAUGGGCGUGUACUACAUGGUGGUGUGCCUGGUCACCUUCACCAUCAUCAUGGCCCUGAACGUCACGCGCCUCUGCAUGAUGAGCAGCCACCUGAAGAAGACGGAGAAGGCCAUCAACGAGUUCUUCCGCACCGAGGGCGCCGAGAAGCUGCAGAAGGCCUUCGAGAUCGCCAAGAGGAUCCCCAUCAUCACCUCGGCCAAGACGCUGGAGCUGGCCAAGGUGACGCAGUUCAAGACCAUGGAGUUCGCGCGGUACAUCGAGGAGCUGGCCCGCAGCAUCCCGCUGCCGCCGCUCAUCAUGAACUGCCGCACCUUCAUGGAGGAGAUCCUGGAGGUGGUGGGGGUGGAGGAGAUGAGGCACACGUUCCUCAGGCAAGCCCCGGAGGGACGGCGGGAGGCGGCGGGCAGGGUCGCCUCCAUCGGGCCGAGGGACGUCUUCACCGUCCUCCAGGAGAGGGAGAGGGGGCAGGGCCUGGAGAGGGAGCGCAGCGAGUCGCCCGCCGCCGACUCGGACAACUCCUCCAUUCACGACCAGCCGCAGCACAUGGCCAUACAGGUGUCGGUGCACCCGCCGCUCGCCGUCGUCGGAGGCUGCUGCGGCAUAGAGUCUCCCCCGCAGCCAGAGGCCGCCGCCGCCGCCGUCCCCUCGUCUUCCCCCUCCUCCCCCCCGCCGCUGGCUCCCGUUCACCACGACGAGCAGUGCGAGGCGGAGGACGAGCCGGAGGCCGAGCCGGAUCCCCCGCAACCCACCGCAAACACCAGCCCUCCCUGCCAGGUGUUCUACGAGAGCCACGUGUGAUGAAACCAACCACGAGUUCUCCUGCUAUGCAUCUCCACUUGAAAACAAAACAAUCCACCAAACAUUAUUGAUUUUACAUCUUGGAAACAAUCAGUCAGUUUUUAUUUAUCUUUUUCCGAUGGCAACAAUCUGUAUAAACCUUUGUAGGCUGAUCUACUGAGACUAAAUCAGAAGGUUUUUAGACUCUCUGGACUUUCAUGCUUGAAUGUACACUAGAGUGUAAUCAAUAUUAUUAAUGUAAGAAGCAACGAAUUGUAAAGGGACAUUUGCUGUGUUGAGAUUUCCAUAGCUCUGAUUAUUAUUUAAAUAAUUGGGUACUUGGUUUGUUAGUUUCUUACAGUGCUAGGGUUUUUAUGACUUAACUCCAGGAAUUUGCCUCAAGCUGCUCUUACACUUCCUUCACUCGCUACAGAUUGUAGUAAGGCUCUGCUCACCCGGAGGCGCAUGCUGUGUGGGUUUGAUCAUAUUUCAUGAUUGUACGGCCUUCUGCAUUUCUAUAGAAACGACUGAGCCAGGUGAACCUGCAGCGUAUAUAUCCUGACCGGAAACACCAGUGAAACACCUCUGGCUGGAAGUUUCCGUUUCCCUUGAAACAUUUUUCCGAGUGUUAUUAUAUGACCCACUGUGCUGUGUUUUGUGUUCCCGGGCUAGUUUAGUUUCCCUCAGUAGAGGAGAGUGGCUCCUUUGCAUUUCGUCGGUUUUCAGUUCGUUCCCCGGCCUAAUCUCAGCACCGUCUAGCUUUGGCAGAGCCUUUACUGUAGUCGCUGCGUCCCUGCUGCAUGUGUUAAGUAGACAGUGAAGAUGUCCGACAUCUUUCUCUGGAACUGAAAGGACUCCUUUUGUUUCCUCCUUUGUUCGGCUAACAGACCAGUCUGUGGCAGAGAUAAACUGUUCUGCUUUCACUGGUGCUCUUGAGAUGCCUCUUCUUUUUGUAGUGAAAUAAAAUGGAAGUGCUGUGCAAAAAAAAAGAAAUGGUCAGUUUGGUCAAAGACGUGCUUUUUGUUCCCGUAGAAUUGGUCCUUAAUGAAUCCCUUCAUUUGAAAUGAACGAGCUUUACUUUGAAAAGAAAUUCUAGUAAAUUUGAGUCAUUAUCAUUGAGGGGAAGCUUCACCUGUAGCCACAACAAAGCUGUUUCCUAUUUUAUCUGGGUCUGAACCUGAGACUUGAAACACUCUGCAAACAUUUAAAACCAAAGUAUCUCAACUUCUUCCUCCUCAUCUCUUCAAACUCUUUCUUCUGAGAUAAGAAGCUCCUGAAGUCUUCGUGUGAUUAAUGAAAGGCAGACUGUCUAUUGUCAGGGCAGCCGUUGCCAUGGCUACAAGGCUGUCUUGACACAAAGGUGAAGAAGGAAAAGAGCGACAAGGACAGAACUCUAUAAAUUUGUGUCACAGAAAUUUGCUGUAGACGCUGGGACACAACUAUAAAAUAAAGUGAUGAAUUAACCCUGACUACGCACACUGUACAAAAUAAUGGUCAUGUACGGAAAUGUCUUUAAUUCCAACAAAGAUCUCAAAAUCAGUGAUUUUGUAAAUGAAGUCUGGUGUGUGUUCUAUUUUUUAAGGCUUUCUGAAACCAACGCGAGCCAAAGACGUGUCAUGUAGACGACUGGGCCAUGAAUGAUAGAUGUGUAACAGGACACGAGGAGAAGAAGUGACGUCUAAAUGUGACGUAAAAACACUUAUUUUGUUUUGAGUUAGACGCAGGUAGGAUAAAUGUACAUCCAACAUAAUCUAUCAGUCUAGAUCACAUUCAUCUUGAUUUAAACUUCCCUCCUUAAAAUGUAAAGCAGGAUUUUACUUUCACCCUUUAACCCAGGAUUAAACAAGUUUAUUAAAGACAUUUUUAAUAUCAGAAAAUGUAAAAUAAAAUCUUUUUCAGCAUCAUAUAGUCUAAAGUUUUAAAUAGAAGGAAUCAGUUUGAUAUAUUUCCAGUAGAAGGUAACAAUAAUUCAGUUAACUAAACUGGACCAAGCUGAAAAUGAACCAGUUACAAAUGUUUUAUCUUCAAUCAACACAAAAUGAACAUUUCAAGGCUUUAAAUUCAAUGUAAAAAAACAUUUUCUGUUUUUAUCUACCAAAUAUUUUUGUAACGUGAAACUCAGUGAUGUUUCUAAUGAAUGGACAAAAACGAUUGGAAGCUGUUUAAGUCUUAAUGACACUGAGAAUUAAUUACGUUCAUUUUUUACUCUCUCAUUUUGAAAAGGGUUAUUAUUUCACUACCUUUUCCCCGUUUUUCUUUUUUAAACAAAAUGUACGUAUUAACCUGCUGAUGAUGAACUUUGAUAAAAUGAAGACGAGGCUUGAACUGAGACCCACCAGGACCACAGGAAUAGUUUUUCUUCCUUUUAAUUUAAAACAAAAUUUAAUCUUUACAUACUUUGUUUUAAAUGUACAAUCAAACAAUCAGUGUAAUAAUACAUAAAAUUCUUCUUCUUUUUCAUAAUAAUAAUAAUAAUAAUGCACGACUAUCGACACUACCCAUAAAUAAAAAAAAAAAAAAAAAAAAAAAGAAACAUCGAGAUCAGUAUGAAAUACAAUGUUAGGCAACACCACUGGUUAACAAAGACGAUGCUCUGCUCCCCGUCGCCCACAGCAACAGCAGGACAGUCACUGCAACGCAAAGACGUACACAGGACCACACACACGCUCUCUACAGGUAAGGUGCUACUGUUUGUCCACUCCGCGUCACGUCCUUUUCACUGUGUCCACUGAACGUGCCGGGCGAUAAUGGAAAGGGGGAAAAGACAGAUGAGCGUGAGAAGCCUAAAAUCUUUUGCCAGGCACUUGGCGAGUGGAGAGAUGAAAACCUGCUGCGGACAAAUGCUUCAGCUUCACGGCUCUAGACGGUAAAUUUAAAAAUCUAUUCAGUCUUCACGUUAUUAUUAAAUUCAUGCUUUGAUUUCACGGUAUUUCUUGACCACAUCAAACUGGAAAUUUGUAAAUUUUAGUUUUAUUCUGAAAGUGGAUUUUUCUUUAUUUUAAAAAGGUCAAGAAAGGAGAGAUAUCUUUUUUUUUAAAUGUAUUUACUGUUUACCUGCGUGGAGCUGGAGGACGUCUGGUUCUGUGUCUUUUCAGAGCUUAAGCUGCUUAAUGAUGAAUAAUUCCAGACGUUUGUGAAGCUGAACAUUUGCCGGUUUUCGUCUUCUAACAUAAAAGGAUUUAGAGUUUUACCACUUAAUGAUGGUUUGGCCUUUGUUAAUUGGAAAACGAUUAAUGAUCACAGUUAAUUUAAAUAUCUUUUCUGUGGGUUUGGAGGUUUACUUCAAAUCUCAACAAAUUUAAAUCAACUGAGGAAACGAGAUCCAGAUCAAAUAUCCCUUUUUACAGAGGCCUGGUGUGAAGACGAGUCUUUAAUCAAAAGAAGACUGGGCGGCGUUCACUUUGAACUGAGGGACGGCGCCUGUGGUUCAUAUUUAUACACCGAUCAGCCAUAACAUUAAAACCACCAACCUGUGAAGUGAAUAACACUGAUGAUCUCUUUACUGCUUAAAGUUCUUCUGGUAAAUAUGUUAAAUAUGUUCUUUUGAUACGUACCACCACCUGAACGUUGCUGCAGACCGAGUCCACCCUCGAGACAAGGACGAGGGGUCACUCUCUGCAUCCUAGUACCAUACGUUGCCCGGACGACCACGAAAACUGGUCCCAGAAUAGCCGCGCAAAAAAAAAAAAAAAAUAAUAAUUUGACACCUCUGUAUCACAACCACUGUUGAAUCAGACCAGCCUCCACUGAGCCUUGUUUGCCUCCUUGGGCCACUUCUGAUAAAACUGAGCUGCUCUGGCUCAAAGAUGCUCAAAUGCUUCCACUUCUCGUUUACUCCUAAUAUCUGAGGGACGCCGCAAUAACGAGAUCAUCACUGUUAAUCUCUUCAUCCGUUAGUCGUCAUAAUUUAAAGAUGUGAACAGAUGAGCCAGAAAGGAAACUCACGUAGAGCUACGAUCGCCCUCGUAGAAACAGUAACAGUUUUCUGUGACACAGUAGGACUCAACCUGGACGCUCUUUCUUUUAUUCGGCCUUCAUCACACUGAAUGAAUGAACAGGACACACACACACACACACACACACACACACACACACACACACACACACACACACACACACACACACACACACACACACACAC